CCGCCGCCACUCUCCGCUGCGGAGCGAACGGCGAGGAGCGGAGGCCCCGGAGGCGCGUCGGUCUCUCAGCAACCCACCCCCCAGCCCCACGCACUCGCUGCCCUCACCCGCAGGAGCCGAAAAUGGACCCAAGUGGGGUCAAAGUGCUGGAAACAGCAGAGGACAUCCAGGAGAGGCGGCAGCAGGUCCUAGACAGAUACCACCGCUUCAAGGAGCUCUCAACCCUUCGGCGCCAGAAGCUUGAAGAUUCCUAUCGAUUCCAGUUUUUCCAAAGAGAUGCUGAGGAGCUGGAGAAAUGGAUUCAAGAGAAACUUCAGAUCGCGUCUGAUGAGAAUUAUAAAGACCCAACCAACUUGCAGGGCAAGCUACAGAAGCAUCAAGCCUUUGAAGCUGAAGUGCAGGCCAACUCAGGAGCCAUUGUUAAGCUGGACGAAACUGGAAACCUGAUGAUCUCAGAGGGCCAUUUUGCAUCGGAAACCAUAAGGACGCGUUUGCUGGAGCUGCACCGCCAGUGGGAGUUACUUUUGGAGAAGAUGCGGGAGAAAGGAGUCAAGCUGCUGCAGGCCCAGAAGCUGGUGCAGUAUUUGCGAGAGUGUGAGGACGUGAUGGACUGGAUCAAUGACAAGGAAGCAAUUGUGACUUCUGAGGAGCUGGGCCAGGACCUGGAGCACGUGGAGGUUUUACAGAAGAAAUUUGAGGAGUUUCAAACAGAUAUGGCUGCCCAUGAGGAAAGAGUUAAUGAAGUGAACCAGUUUGCUGCCAAACUCAUCCAGGAGCAGCACCCGGAGGAGGAGCUGAUCAAGACUAAGCAAGACGAGGUGAACGCAGCCUGGCAGCGGCUGAAGGGGCUGGCUCUUCAGAGACAGGGGAAGCUGUUUGGGGCAGCUGAGGUUCAGCGCUUUAACAGGGAUGUGGAUGAGACUAUCAGCUGGAUUAAGGAAAAGGAACAGUUAAUGGCCUCCGAUGAUUUCGGCCGAGACCUGGCCAGUGUUCAGGCUCUGCUUCGGAAGCAUGAGGGUUUGGAGAGAGAUCUGGCUGCUUUGGAGGAUAAGGUCAAAGCCCUGUGUGCCGAGGCUGACCGCCUGCAGCAGACCCACCCGCUGAGCGCCACUCAGAUUCAAGUGAAGCGAGAAGAGCUGAUCACAAACUGGGAGCAGAUCCGCACUCUGGCGGCGGAGAGACACGCGCGGCUCAACGACUCGUACAGGCUGCAGCGCUUCCUGGCUGACUUCCGGGACCUCACCAGCUGGGUGACUGAGAUGAAAGCCCUCAUUAAUGCAGAUGAACUUGCUAACGACGUGGCCGGGGCCGAAGCCCUUCUGGACAGGCAUCAGGAGCACAAGGGUGAAAUUGAUGCUCAUGAAGACAGCUUUAAAUCUGCAGAUGAAUCUGGACAGGCCCUGCUUGCUGCUGGUCAUUACGCCUCUGAUGAAGUGAGGGAGAAGCUGGCCAUUCUCUCUGAGGAGCGAGCGGCCCUGCUGGAGCUGUGGGAGCUGCGCAGGCAGCAGUACGAGCAGUGCAUGGACCUGCAGCUCUUCUACCGCGACACCGAGCAGGUGGACAACUGGAUGAGCAAGCAAGAGGCUUUCCUGCUGAACGAGGACUUGGGGGACUCCUUGGACAGCGUGGAAGCGCUUCUCAAGAAGCAUGAGGACUUUGAGAAAUCCCUCAGUGCCCAGGAGGAAAAGAUCACAGCACUAGAUGAAUUUGCAACCAAGCUAAUUCAGAACAACCACUACGCCAUGGAGGACGUGGCUACUCGCCGAGAUGCUCUGUUGAGCCGCCGCAAUGCCCUUCAUGAGAGAGCCAUGUAUCGCCGGGCCCAGCUGGCCGAUUCCUUCCACUUGCAGCAGUUUUUCCGGGAUUCCGAUGAGCUCAAGAGCUGGGUCAACGAGAAGAUGAAAACUGCCACAGAUGAAGCUUAUAAAGACCCAUCCAACCUACAAGGAAAAGUCCAGAAGCAUCAGGCUUUUGAGGCUGAGCUCUCAGCAAACCAGAGCCGCAUUGAUGCCCUGGAGAAAGCAGGGCAGAAACUGAUUGACGUCAACCACUAUGCCAAGGAGGAAGUGGCGGCUCGAAUGAAUGAGGUCAUCAGUUUGUGGAAGAAACUGCUGGAGGCCACUGAACUGAAAGGAAUAAAGCUCCGCGAGGCCAACCAGCAGCAGCAGUUUAACCGCAACGUUGAGGACAUUGAACUGUGGCUGUAUGAAGUGGAAGGUCACUUGGCUUCCGACGAUUAUGGCAAAGACCUUACGAAUGUGCAGAACCUGCAGAAGAAGCACGCCCUGCUGGAGGCUGAUGUGGCCGCCCACCAGGAUCGGAUUGAUGGCAUCACCAUUCAGGCCCGCCAGUUCCAGGACGCUGGCCAUUUUGAUGCUGAGAACAUCAAGAAGAAGCAGGAAGCCCUCGUGGCCCGCUAUGAGGCGCUCAGGGAACCCAUGAUCGCCCGGAAGCAGAAGCUGGCAGACUCCCUGCGUUUGCAGCAGCUCUUCCGUGACGUGGAGGAUGAGGAGACGUGGAUUCGAGAGAAAGAGCCCAUUGCUGCGUCCACCAACAGAGGCAAAGAUUUGAUUGGAGUCCAGAAUCUGCUAAAGAAACACCAAGCCCUGCAAGCAGAAAUUGCUGGACAUGAACCCCGCAUCAAAGCGGUUACACAGAAGGGGAAUGCCAUGGUGGAGGAAGGCCAUUUUGCUGCGGAGGACGUGAAGGCCAAGCUCCAUGAACUGAACCAGAAGUGGGAGUCGCUCAAAUCCAAAGCUUCGCAGCGGCGGCAAGACCUGGAGGACUCGCUGCAAGCCCAGCAGUACUUUGCCGAUGCCAAUGAGGCCGAGUCCUGGAUGCGGGAGAAGGAGCCCAUUGUGGGCAGCACCGACUACGGGAAGGACGAGGACUCCGCUGAGGCUCUCCUGAAGAAGCACGAAGCUUUGAUGUCGGACCUCAGCGCCUACGGCAGCAGCAUUCAGGCGCUGCGGGAGCAAGCGCAGUCAUGCCGGCAACAAGUGGCCCCCAUGGACGAUGAGACUGGGAAGGAGCUGGUGUUGGCGCUCUAUGACUAUCAGGAGAAGAGUCCUCGCGAGGUCACCAUGAAGAAAGGAGACAUCCUCACCCUGCUCAACAGCACCAACAAGGACUGGUGGAAAGUGGAAGUGAACGAUCGCCAGGGUUUUGUGCCCGCCGCGUACGUGAAGAAAUUGGACCCCGCCCAGUCGGCCUCCCGGGAGAACCUCCUGGAGGAGCAAGGCAGCAUCGCGCUGCGGCAGGAGCAGAUUGACAAUCAAUACCGUUCUCUGCUGGAACUGGGUGAGAAGCGCAAAGGCAUGUUGGAGAAGAGUUGCAAGAAGUUCAUGUUGUUCCGGGAAGCGAACGAACUGCAGCAGUGGAUCAAUGAGAAGGAAGCGGCCCUGACCAGCGAGGAGGUGGCCGCAGACUUGGAGCAGGUUGAGGUGCUGCAGAAGAAGUUCGACGACUUCCAGAAGGAUCUGAAGGCCAACGAGUCACGACUGAAGGACAUCAACAAGGUGGCUGAAGACCUGGAGUCUGAAGGUCUGAUGGCCGAGGAGGUGCAGGCCGUGCAGCAGCAGGAGAUGUACGGCAUGAUGCCCAGGGAUGAUGCUGAUUCCAAGACAGCCUCCCCCUGGAAGUCUGCUCGCCUGAUGGUUCACACCGUGGCCACCUUUAAUUCCAUCAAGGAGCUGAACGAGCGGUGGCGGUCCCUGCAGCAACUGGCCGAGGAGCGCAGCCAGCUCUUGGGCAGCGCCCACGAGGUGCAGAGGUUCCACAGAGAUGCUGACGAAACUAAAGAAUGGAUUGAGGAGAAGAACCAGGCUCUAAACACAGACAAUUAUGGCCACGAUCUGGCCAGCGUCCAAGCCCUGCAGCGCAAGCACGAGGGCUUUGAGAGGGACCUCGCAGCUCUCGGCGACAAGGUAAAUUCCCUGGGGGACACAGCCGAGCGCCUGAUCCAGUCCCACCCUGAGUCAGCAGAGGACCUGCAGGAAAAAUGCACCGAGCUCAACCAGGCGUGGAGCAGCCUGGGGAAGCGUGCGGACCAGCGCAAGGCCAAGCUGGGUGACUCCCACGACCUGCAGCGCUUCCUGAGUGACUUCCGGGACCUCAUGUCUUGGAUCAAUGGGAUACGCGGGUUGGUGUCCUCAGACGAGCUGGCCAAGGAUGUCACCGGAGCUGAAGCUUUGCUGGAACGACACCAGGAACACCGGACAGAAAUUGAUGCCAGGGCUGGCACUUUCCAGGCAUUUGAGCAGUUUGGGCAGCAGCUGUUGGCCCAUGGGCACUAUGCCAGCCCAGAGAUCAAGGAGAAACUAGAUAUUCUAGAUCAGGAGCGCGCGGAUCUGGAGAAGGCCUGGGCGCAGCGCAGGAUGAUGCUGGACCAGUGCCUGGAACUGCAGCUGUUUCAUCGGGACUGUGAGCAAGCAGAGAACUGGAUGGCCGCCCGGGAGGCCUUUUUGAAUACAGAAGACAAAGGGGACUCGCUGGACAGUGUGGAGGCCCUGAUCAAAAAGCAUGAGGACUUUGACAAAGCCAUCAACGUCCAGGAGGAGAAGAUUGCCGCUCUGCAGUCCUUUGCCGACCAGCUCAUCGCUGCCGGCCACUAUGCCAAAGGCGACAUUUCUAGCCGGCGCAAUGAGGUUUUGGACAGGUGGCGACGUCUUAAAGCGCAGAUGAUUGAAAAAAGGUCGAAGCUGGGAGAAUCGCAGACCCUCCAGCAGUUCAGCCGGGACGUGGAUGAGAUCGAGGCUUGGAUCAGCGAAAAAUUACAGACCGCAAGCGAUGAGUCCUAUAAGGACCCCACGAACAUCCAGAGCAAGCACCAGAAGCACCAGGCCUUUGAGGCAGAGCUGCACGCCAAUGCCGACCGGAUCCGUGGCGUCAUCGACACCGGCAACUCCCUGAUUGAGCGCGGGGCCUGUGCCGGCAGCGAGGACGCUGUGAAGGCCCGGCUGGCCGCCUUAGCUGACCAGUGGCAGUUCCUGGUGCAGAAGUCAGCUGAAAAGAGCCAGAAACUGAAAGAAGCCAACAAGCAGCAGAACUUUAACACCGGAAUCAAGGACUUUGACUUCUGGCUCUCCGAGGUGGAGGCCCUUCUGGCGUCUGAGGACUACGGCAAAGAUCUGGCUUCUGUAAACAACUUGCUAAAAAAACAUCAGCUGCUGGAGGCGGAUAUAUCUGCCCACGAGGACCGCCUGAAGGACCUGAACAGCCAGGCAGACAGCCUGAUGACCAGCAGUGCCUUCGACACCUCCCAAGUGAAGGACAAGCGCGACACCAUCAACAGUCGUUUCCAGAAGAUCAAGAGCAUGGCGGCCUCGCGGCGAGCCAAGCUGAACGAGUCCCAUCGCCUGCACCAGUUCUUCCGGGACAUGGAUGACGAGGAGUCCUGGAUCAAAGAGAAGAAGCUGCUGGUGAGCUCCGAGGACUACGGCCGGGACCUGACAGGCGUCCAGAACCUGAGGAAGAAGCACAAGCGGCUGGAGGCAGAACUGGCUGCUCACGAGCCUGCGAUCCAGGGUGUCCUGGACACGGGAAGGAAGCUGUCGGAUGACAACACCAUCGGGAAGGAGGAGAUUCAGCAGCGCCUGGCGCAGUUUGUGGAGCACUGGAAGGAGCUGAAGAAGCUGGCCACGGCGCGGGGCCAGCGGCUGGAGGAGUCCUUGGAAUACCAGCAGUUUGUGGCCAACGUGGAAGAGGAGGAAGCCUGGAUCAAUGAGAAGAUGACCCUGGUGGCCAGUGAGGAUUAUGGAGACACACUUGCUGCUAUCCAGGGCUUACUGAAGAAGCACGAGGCUUUCGAGACAGACUUCACUGUGCACAAGGAUCGUGUGAAUGACGUGUGCACUAACGGACAAGACCUCGUUAAGAAGAACAAUCACCACGAGGAGAACAUCUCUUCCAAGAUGAAGGGCUUGAACGGGAAAGUGUCCGACUUGGAGAAAGCUGCCGCCCAGAGGAAGGCGAAGCUCGACGAGAACUCGGCCUUCCUUCAGUUCAACUGGAAGGCGGACGUGGUGGAGUCGUGGAUCGGUGAAAAGGAGAACAGCUUGAAGACGGACGACUAUGGCCGGGAUCUGUCUUCUGUCCAAACUCUCCUCACCAAACAGGAAACCUUUGACGCCGGCCUGCAGGCCUUCCAGCAGGAGGGCAUCGCCAACAUCACUGCCCUCAAAGAUCAGCUGCUGGCCGCAAAGCACAUUCAGUCCAAGGCCAUCGAGGCCCGGCACGCCUCCCUCAUGAAGCGAUGGAGCCAGCUUCUGGCCAACUCCGCCACCCGGAAGAAGAAGCUGCUGGAGGCUCAGAGUCACUUCCGCAAGGUGGAGGACCUCUUCCUGACCUUCGCCAAGAAGGCUUCUGCCUUCAACAGCUGGUUUGAGAACGCGGAGGAGGACCUGACGGACCCCGUGCGCUGCAACUCCCUGGAAGAGAUCAGGGCCUUGCGAGAGGCCCACGACGCCUUCCGCUCCUCCCUCAGCUCAGCCCAGGCCGACUUCAACCAGCUGGCCGAGCUCGACCGCCAGAUCAAAAGCUUCCGCGUGGCCUCCAACCCCUACACCUGGUUCACCAUGGAGGCCCUGGAGGAGACCUGGAGGAACCUGCAGAAGAUCAUCAAGGAGAGGGAGCUGGAGCUGCAGAAGGAGCAGCGCCGGCAGGAGGAGAAUGACAAGCUGCGGCAGGAGUUUGCGCAGCACGCCAACGCCUUCCACCAGUGGAUCCAGGAGACCAGAACGUACCUCCUCGAUGGGUCCUGCAUGGUGGAAGAAUCCGGGACCCUUGAGUCCCAGCUGGAAGCUACCAAACGCAAGCACCAGGAGAUUCGAGCCAUGAGAAGUCAGCUGAAGAAGAUCGAGGACCUGGGGGCGGCCAUGGAGGAAGCCCUGAUCCUGGACAACAAGUACACGGAGCACAGCACGGUGGGCCUGGCCCAGCAGUGGGACCAGCUCGACCAGCUGGGCAUGCGCAUGCAGCAUAACCUGGAGCAGCAGAUCCAGGCCAGGAACACAACAGGGGUGACUGAGGAGGCCCUCAAGGAGUUCAGCAUGAUGUUUAAACACUUUGACAAGGACAAAUCUGGCCGCCUGAACCACCAGGAGUUCAAGUCCUGCCUGCGCUCCCUGGGCUACGACCUGCCCAUGGUGGAGGAAGGGGAACCCGACCCCGAGUUCGAGGCGAUUCUGGACACCGUGGAUCCAAACAGGGACGGCCAUGUCUCCCUGCAAGAAUACAUGGCUUUCAUGAUCAGCCGUGAGACGGAGAACGUCAAGUCCAGCGAGGAGAUCGAGAGCGCCUUCCGGGCCCUGAGCUCCGAGGGAAAGCCUUACGUGACCAAGGAGGAGCUGUACCAGAACCUGACUCGGGAACAAGCCGACUACUGCGUCUCCCACAUGAAGCCCUAUGUGGACGGCAAGGGCCGGGAGCUCCCCACGGCUUUUGACUACGUGGAAUUCACCCGCUCGCUCUUCGUGAAUUGAUCCUCCGCUCCUAGGUUAGCCUGGCCCGUGCUGCUUGCCCUGCCGCCGCCUUGCUGCAUGUCAACUCAUCUCUGUGCUCUUAAGGAGAAUAUUCUAGACAGUUACUUCCCACUGUAACCUUAACCUGCUUAGCUUGGGAUGAAACGUAGUAGAAAAUGGUGCUUCGAUGAACUGCUUCUGGUCCAGUCACAGUCGCCAGGUUGCAGGGGGACCCAGAUUCCUUUGAAGCCAGCUGCCCCAUUCCGACUCCAGAAAAAUCUAGGCAGCUGGCUGGUUUCCCUCUUGUUCUCCCUCCACCCACCCACGUUUGUUUUCAUGUAAAAGACAAAUAAAUGACAACUCUCCCCAAAA